GACCCGCCCAGCAAUGAAUGCCGUUGUUUUUUGCAGUACCUGCCUAUAUCUGUCUAGUUUCUUCCCCUCGCCUGCGCGCUCUCUCUCUCUCCUUUGGAGUUUGGACGCGCAUGUGCCAAUCUUUCUUUGACCCGACCCAACCUCUUGGGAUUUUAUUACUACCAGUAUCAACUAUUUUAUCACUAUCUACACAACCAGACACAAAAUAUCCUCUGAAUAUCUCCUUUUGUUUCUGUUUUGGCACGUUUGUGUUGUCUUUUUGAGGGCAAGAAAGUGUGUUGGAACAUUGGAAAUGGCAGAGGAGGGAGCGAGUGAGGUUACCGGUCCAGUUCGUCGGAUUCUUCUCAUCUCCGCUGGUGGCAGCCAUUCUGUUGCUCUUCUUUCUGGAAACAUUGUUUGUUCUUGGGGACGAGGAGAGGAUGGACAGUUAGGCCAUGGGGAUGCUGAAGAUCGACUUUCGCCUAUUCAAUUGAGUGCCUUGGAUGACCAUGAAAUAGUAUCUGUUACUUCUGGAGCUGAUCAUACAACUGCAUAUUCUCAGUCACGUCUUGAAGUGUAUAGUUGGGGAUGGGGUGACUUUGGGCGGUUGGGCCAUGGCAACUUUAGUGACUUGUUCACUCCUCAGCCAAUCAAAGCAUUAAAUAGUCUAAGAAUAAAGCAAAUUGCUUGUGGGGACAGCCAUUGCUUGGCAGUGACUAUGGAAGGCGAGGUGCAGAGUUGGGGGCGGAACCAAAAUGGUCAACUUGGUCUUGGCACCACAGAGGACUCUCUUGUCCCGCAGAAAAUUCAAGCAUUUCAGGGAGUCUCUAUCAAAAUGGUUGCUGCUGGCGCUGAACAUACUGCAGCUAUUGCAGAAGAUGGGGAGCUAUAUGGAUGGGGCUGGGGCCGAUAUGGAAACUUGGGCUUAGGCGACAGAAAUGAUCGCUUGGUUCCUGAGAAAGUUUCUGCUGUUAAUGGUGAGAAGAUGGUUAUGGUAGCUUGUGGAUGGCGACAUACAAUAUCUGUUUCCUCUUCUGGUGGAUUAUACACUUAUGGAUGGAGCAAAUAUGGUCAACUAGGACACGGGGAUUUUGAAGACCACCUUGUUCCCCACAAGCUAGAGACCUUGUGUGACAAUUAUUUCUCUCAGAUAUCAGGUGGUUGGAGGCAUACUAUGGCACUUACAUCUGAUGGAAAACUUUACGGCUGGGGUUGGAAUAAGUUUGGACAGGUUGGCGUUGGCAACAAUGUCGAUCAUUGCUCUCCUGUACAAGUUAAAUUUCCCCAAGAGCAGGCACGUUCUUUUUACUAUAGCUCCCAAAAUUGGUUAAGAUAGGCCAUGGCAUUGAUAUUUCUUGUCUGAGUCAGUUGCACCCCCCUGGGCCCUCCCAGUUUGAAUUAUUAUUCUAUUUUUUUUAGUCUUAUUAUUCAAUUAUGUGUGCGUAUUUUAUUGGGCACUUGGCAGAAAGUAAUUCAAAUCUCUUGUGGAUGGAGGCACACACUUGCUGUUACUGAAAGGCAAAAUGUAUUUUCUUGGGGAAGAGGUACCAAUGGACAGCUUGGGCAUGGGGAGACAGUUGACCGGAACAUUCCAAAGAUCAUAGAGGCUUUGAGUGUUGAUGGAUCUAGUGGGCAACAGAUAGAAUCCUCCAAGUUUGAUCCAUCGUCAGGCAAAACCUGGGUCUCACCAUCAGAGCGAUACACAGUUGUUCCCGGUGAAAAUCUCCCAGGGCAAACAGCUGUUUCAGUCCGGCGUAAUGGGAGUGAUGCAAGUGUCCCUGAAAAUGACGUCAAACGGGUGCGAGUUUGAUAUUCUAGAUAUCCAUGGAAUGGUAGAUUCACCAGUCUUCCUGGCUUCUGAACCAACAAACAUCAUAUGAUGAAACAAGCAACGCCAUAAGUGAGAUGUUGAUGCCCUCAUCAUCCACGACUGUAAAUUCUUAAUCAUUUCUGUGUUAUGUUGUUCUAUGCAUGGAGCAAAUAUAGCUAACCCAACUCACUUUGUAACAAGUUUUUAUUUGAAUGCUGGUUUUGUUUUGUUUCCAUGGCUGUGGAAAAGCAUUCAAUAAUGCUCUGUAACAGCUUCUCUUUGGGAUCCUUUACUUCUAGGCACUACUGAAAAAUAAUUUCUGAUUAAGGUA